CUAUAAUUUAUUUUAUUUAUUCAUUUCUAGUUUGGGAGAUGUGCUUGCGCUGACUAGGGCCACCCAAUAAGUCUUAAAUUGGAAGUCUCGAGAUGCUACUGCAGUAUGUGUACCACAACAUGUAAAUAGUGGCAUGUGUGGUGUAGCUACGGUUCAGCUUCCGGCUCCUACGGCUAAUCCCAUCCAAAUGUGCGGGUUUGGGGUGUUAUCUUAGAUGCCUAGAUAUCUAAUUGAUUCUAGGUAGCUUCUUAGACUAAUACAGUCAUAAUAUUUCGGUGCCGUUUCCGCAUCGCGGAGUUAAGCCUAAGGAUUCAGCUUGUCUACACACCAUACAAUCCGAUAUCGUACACCCUCGGCUUCCUCCGAAUAUGGAGAUAACUAUUGGAUGACCCCGCAGGAUAUCGCCGUGAAAGAGCUUCUCUCUUCUGGACUUUACCUGGGUAUAAACAUAUGCUUCUCGUGAUAGAAUUGGUUGUUCCAUAAUUGUAAUAAACCUGGCUAGAUUACUGUUGCAAAACAUAAAGAUUAGUAUCAACACAAAUACCCAUGGGUGAUCAUCAAGACUCCCGGAAGGCACCCGGCCUACCGAUAACCAAUCCUUGUGUAUCUUUUUGGCAACAGACCACACGAUCGUUCCCCUACCUUAAUAUAAAUAAAGAUGAACCAGUUCCGAUAGAAUCCAAAUAUGUUGUUAUUGGGUCUGGUAUUUCCGGCGCUCUGACGACUUAUGAGUUGAUUCAAGGGGGCGUGUCAGCAGAAGAUAUAAUCAUUCUCGAGGCGAGGGAGGCCGCAAGCGGAGCAAGCUCAAGAAAUGCGGGACAUGUGCGACCGGAUGCGUUCCGUGGGUUUCAAGUCUAUGAGCAAUUGCAUGGGAAAGAUCAGGCUUUGAAGAUCAUCGCUAACGAGAAGCUCGUCUUCGAGAGGAUAAAGGAGUUCGUAGAGGCGCAUGGGGUGCAAUGCGAUUUCAACCCUACGACUACUUUCGAUGUGUGCAUGACGCCGGAAUUUGCCGACUUCAACGCACGUAGCUUCGAGCUGUAUCGAGAGGCCGGUGGUGAUGUUUCGCACAUCAAGUUCUACGAAGGCGAGGAAGCGCGGAAAGUAACCCGUGUAAAUAAAGCGGUCGCCGCUUAUGAGUGGCCGGCCGGCUCAAGUCAUCCGGCCAAGUUGGCCCAAUGGCUCCUCACACAAUCCAUAAAUAAGGGCGUGCGACUGUUUACCCAUCGUCCAGUUUCGGCGGUGACUAAGUCGGCCUCUUCUACUGCCGAUCGGGUCUUUUGGGAUGUUGUGACACCCCGGGGAAGUACGAAGGCUUCUAUAGUGGUACACUGCACGAACGCCUUUGCGCCAUUUCUUCUGCCGGAGUUAUCGAAUUUCAUCACGCCAAAUCGCGCACAGGCGCACGCCUUCGUACCUCCGGCGGCGUUUGCUGCGUCUAGCAUACUACCAAGCACCAUGUCAUUGCGCCAUACGCUAAAGCACUUCUAUUCAGUGGCUCAGCGACGCCCGGACGGGAUCCUUAUCCUCGGCGCGCCGGUCGCGAACCCGAAAAUUAGCCAGGAAGCAUCGCAAAGUCGGUUCACUUCCGAUGAUAGCUUUAUCAAUGGGGAGGUUCGUGAUGAUGCUGUUGGUAAUUUUGAGAUGUGCUUCCCUGAGUGUGAGAAGGGGAAGCUGAGACAUGGGGAGGGUCUGCUGCAUACGUGGUCUGGUAUUAUUGGCAUGACGACGGAUUCGGUGCCUUUUAUAGGUAAGGUGGAGAGUCUCCCGGGACAGUGGGUGUGUGCUGGUUUCAAUGGCCAUGGCAUGGCGAGGAUAUUUACUUGUGCUCCAGGAGUCGCAAAACUCAUCCUUGGUGGAUCAUGGCAAGACACUGGAUUACCUGAAUGUUUCGAAAUAACGAAGGAGCGCCUAGAAAAACUCCAAAAAGGAGUUCCCGGGACAGUGUUCUAACCAAUCUUAUUUCUCGGACGCGAUAGUCGCCUAGACAAAUGUUACAUUGCUCGCUAAGGUAAUAAGUCUGAAGGUGAUU